CGGCGGCGGCGGCGGCGGCGCCGCUUUCCCUCGCUUCCUGAAGUCACAGAGUAAGCCCUGCGGAGAGAGGAGCGCGCGUCGUCCCGCCCACCUCCGACUCAAGCGCCUUCGCACGUCCGCCGGGGAGCCGCCCGGGGUCUCAAACCACCCAAGCUGGCCGGAGACCUCCGAAGGCGCUCGAAGCCUGGGAAGUCCCCUGGGCGAGGCAGCCCUCCCCGCCGCCGCCGCCGCCGCCCAAGCUCUCCAACGCCCGGGUGGCGAAGGGCGGUGCCGGCGCUCGCUCCCAUGUCUCUGGCCUGGCAAAUCGGGAGCCCUCGCCCCGCCUCGGAGGUGGGGCCCGGCGUCGGUCCCGGGCGGAGGGCGCAGCGGGCUCAGGUGCGCCGGGAGAGGAGCCGUGGAGUGCAGGCGCUCCUUCGGGCUGCGAAGCGCCGGGUGCGAGCCAUGCUGCCCGCUGCCGUCCGGAGGUGGCUCUACAGACCCAAGCGUUCUGAUUCCAGGUUGCUGUCACAGUUUUUCUAUGCUGAUGAACGAGUGACUCAGGUGGUAACGCAGAUCAACUGUCUGGAUGUAGAGACAGAUCCUCAGCAAUACCUGGCACUACUAAACCAGUUGCAUCUUAGUCAGGCUGAUCUGCUGGCCAUCGUAGAGAAGAUCAUGGAUGAGUGCAUCCCCAAGGAACGUCACAGUCGUGAUUAUGUAAUCAAGUUCCCUGAAGAACUUCUGGUGGACAGUCUCCGAAACCACAUGCUGUUUGCUGCCGAGUGUCUGAUGGCACACACCUAUAUUGAUGUGGAUGAAGCAGAUGGAUUACGGUUGCGACCUCUGGCCAAGGAUCUACUGUGCAGCCUAGAGUUGGUGCGCAUGGUGCUCCGGGAGCAAAGUCUGAACCAACCUGGGCCCUAUUCGGACCUUGUCUGCAGGGCAUUGAUCCGCUUUGAUACGCUUUUUGCUGAGUUUGAGUUGAGCUACGUGUCAUCUUUAGUCUCCGUGAAGUCACCUGAAGACAUUUAUAAGCAGCAAGAGAUUGUUGUACUCUUCUCUGAAACGGUGGCCAGAGCUCUGAAACUUGGUUACAUCACUCAGGAGAUGAUUGAUGGGUACGAGCCACAAUUGAUGUUCACCAUCCCCCGCCUGGCCAUCAUUAGUGGUCUUCUGAUCUAUCCAGAUGGACCUCUGAACCUGGAGCGGAGGCCUGAGGAGAUAUCCAGAGUGUUCAGUCCUUUUUAUGUCUUGCUGAGGAAAAUAAGGGAUUUGCUGCAAGUCCUGUCCAAAGAAGAGCUUGAUAAGUUGGAAAAACGUCUGCUGAAUGAGAGCGCUUCAGAUUCACAGCCCUUCAGCGACACAGGCUCACCGGACCUUCAAAGCUUUGCAGGUCCUUGUGGUUGCCCAGCAGUUCCAAGGUAUCCUGGGCAAGAAACUAGUGGCACUGAAGUAGGAGUUCCCACGGGAAUUCCACAGAGUACCCGGUGGAUGGAACUACGAGCUCGUUACAACAGUACAGAGGACAUGAUCCACACAUUGUUUGUAUGCAUCUCUGGAGUAGCAGACCAGCUGCAAACCAACUUUGCUGGUGACCUGCGUGCCAUUCUGAAGAGUGUUUUUAAAAUUGUGACAUCUCGGAUGGAUGACCUGGAGGUGUCAGACACAGGCCAGGUGGACGUCUGUGUGGCUGCAGCAGUCCUUGACGUGGCAGAUUGUGCUCUCUGCUCCCAGAUCAGGGAAGGCAGGAGGAUAGAAGGUGAGAGCCCAGGGGGUGAAGUGGGCUGUUUACAGGUCUCUGAGCAUAAUUGCUGUCUCUGGGAAAAACUGCUUGAAGGAGGUGAAUCACUUAUCUCUGCCUGCCCUUCAAGAAAGGUUCAUCACAUGCCCAAAGUUCUGUUAGACUCAGCCAGUGACACUGGUGUGGCCUUGAUAACAAAAGGAAUUUUGGUCUUUGACUUGUAGUAAACUCCAAACCCUACUAAGAAUCCCUGUUUCACCUUAGAAUGGAAUUUCCUCUCCAAGAUGCUGAGUUGUGUAAACGUUUCAAGGGUUUUUACACUUUUUCAAUAAGUGCUUGGGCAGAUGAUGUUUGUCUAAAGUUCAUUGUGAGCCCUAGAAACUCUCUAAACUCCUGCCUCACUAUUUACUGGAUAUCUGUGUCUUGCUGUAGUCAGAUAGGGCCCAUACAUUUGCCCUCUAUACAAGCUGACACUUUUUGGCUGGGGGGGG